AUGUGCGAAUUAUUCAAGAGCAAGACCCUGCCGGUCUCAGAAAUUGAGGCCAAAUUGAGAGAAUGGGCUGAGGAAAAUAACGUUUCGGAGGAGUAUUCGGAAUAUCUAAGACGUUUUGAUGAGGAAAGAAGCAAAUUCUUUAACCUAGUACACAACAUGACAGCAGUUGUAGGAAAUUUCUACGAUGCUCUUGAAGAAAUCGUGGAAAAUAAGAGCGAUUCGUUUGUGAAUAUGCAAAAGAAGUUGAAACUGCUGCUGAAUGGUCUCACAAAGUCGCAGAAAAAAAUCAUCAAGAGGAUUUCUUCUGUCCUUGAAGGAGAAAACGUUCUUCCAGACUUCAAGUUUUUCAUGAGUGGGAACUACAAUGGUGGACUUUCUGACAAUGAUAUCUAUCCUCUUGGCAGCAACAGAAUAAAUAAUGGCUAUGGUUACACCGGAAAUCAUAUAAAGCCUUACGGAGAGGGACAUGAAAAUAGCAUUUUUGAUAAGUGGGAUGACCAUUAUCCUGAGUUGCUGAUAUUGAAGUUUGAGAUUAUGGCUAGAAUCAAGGAUUCUGAGCCUGUUCAGCAAAUCAUUGACUCAGCGAAGAAUGUCCAUAUCAACUCUCUCAUCACAUCCUUCUUCAUUCUGUUCUCUUUAUAUCUGACUACACUUGCGGCAUUCGGAAGAAACAUAUUGCAUCCUUUUAAUACGCCUCCGCAAACAAUAGUACAAACAACGAAUACAUCAGCACCCUUUGACGAUUCUUCGGAGCUUAUCAAUUCUUCCUUCUCGUUGUUCUUUCUGCUGGUCACUUCGUUAUGUGCUGGAAAAAUCUUCCGCCAUUUAUUUUUACCGCCCUUGCUAGGCUGUCUACUUGUUGGGAUAAUAGUAAACAAUGUUGGCUUCCUCAGAGAGGUUUUCUACAUAAAUGCUCGUUGGGAAUGGUGCAUACGCGCACUGGCCUUAACUGUCAUACUCAUUCGUGGUGGUAUUGGCCUUGACUGGUUUUACCUAAGAAGAGCUUUGGGAAUCACCUUUAGGAUAGGAUUUAUUACGGCUGCUGUGGAAAGCGGUACCAUAGCUGCGGCUGCGGUUUAUCUUUUUGGGUGGCCGGUAUACAUGGGAUUGCUAUGCGGUUUCGUAAUGGCAGCGGUAUCCCCAGCCGUUACAGUACCUAUCAUGCUGGAUUUGCAAAAACAAGCAUUAGAUACAAGAAAGGGAACCCCUACACUAGUUCUGGCCUCGGCUGCGCUUGACAACAUUUUUUGUAUCACCGCAUUCUCAAUAACAGCUACAGUGAUUUCAGCAGCAAGCUGGCUAAUAUGGUGGUUUCCGAUCGAAAACGUGGAGCACAGAGCAGUUUGCCGUGUAUUUCUGCUUCUUUUCAUCUGCUCAGCUGCAGUACUCGGAGGUCAGGUGCUUGGCUUUCAAAGUGCCGGUAUCAUGGCCACGGUAUUAAUAUGCUUCAUGGCUGGCGUGCGAUGGAAGAAUAAUAAUAAUGGAAAGAGCCGACACGAAGAGAAAGCCUUUGCGCUUAUGUGGGACCUAUUCUUUAUGCCUUUACUUUUCUCACUGAUUGGUAUGAAACUAGACUUUUCGAGAAUGACUUGGACUACAGUAUGGCUUAGUUGCGCAAUUAUAGGCAUUGGAGCUGCGUCCAGAUUUUUGUCUGGCAUGCUUUGUUCACUUUGUGCAGGAUUCCAUUCAAAGGAGCGAAUCGUCAUUACUCUUUCGCUCCUCCCAAAAGCUUCCGUACAAGCCGCGCUUGCACCCAGCAUUGUUGCUUUGGUCACCGAUAAACCUUAUCUUCAAGAAGCGCAAACGGCGGUAGCUGCAUGUGUUCUCGUUAUACUACUUACUGCCCCACUGGGUCACUUCAUUCUAUCCAGAGCAUCAACGAUGCUUUUUAAGGACCACCAAAUUACGAUCGAGUGA